AAAGCGAGAAUCAUACCACUAGACCAAAUGCCCUAUUCAUGUCAAAUCUAGAACAUACUUACCCCAGUUCCAUUACUCCCAAUUAAAUUUCCCGUGUUAGCCCACUUGGAGUUGGCCCUCCUCCUCCACUUUUCGUACCAUUUUUACUCCAUAGCUUACAAUUUAUGAGUGCGUAUAAAUUAAAUUAAAAAUAAAUUAAAAUUAAAAAAAUAGCAGCAUCAGAUUGAUUGAUCGAUCACCCACCUUUGUAAUCCGAACCUUUCGUCCCCAUUUCCCACUUUCUCUCUCCUCCCACUUCUUCUCCUUCUUCUAGAGUAGUUUCUACCACCUGCCGACUCACUUGAAUUCACUUCUGUAUUUAUGCUCAAGGUGUUGUUCUUACCCCGCAAUUGAUGUGUGAUUUGGCAUGUGCCCAAUUAUUGUCAUGGAUUCCGGUCUGCAAUUUUGGGGGAAAGAGCUCAACUUGUUUAAUUCUACUGCUCUAAGGUUCUAAUCAACUUUGAUCUGUUCUUGGGGUUUGAGUUGGGUAAAUAAUUAAAAGUUAGUUAAUAAUAAUAAUAAUAAUCUGAGAGUGUGAUAAAAAUGGAACAAGCUCAUCGGUACCAUCAUCAUUCCAUAGGCACCACUGAAUUGAGGGUAAUGGGAAAGAGGGGUUUGGAAUGGGAUUUGAAUGACUGGAAAUGGGAUGGAGAUUUAUUCAUAGCUACCCCUUCAAACUUUCAAGGUCAGCAAAAAUUCAUCCCUGUUAAUUCCUCCAACACAUCGUCUUCUUGCUCUGAUGAUGUCCAAUCUGCUGUUGAUGAUGAUGGGAGGAGGGAAUUGGAGAGGAAAAGAAGGGUUAUUGUUGUUGAAGAUGAUAGUUUGGAUGAAUCUGGUAACUUGACCUUAAAGCUUGGUGCCCCUCACAUGGAUUAUGAUAAUCAUAAUUCUGGGAAGAAGACCAAAUUUGCUGGUGCUCUUUGCCAGGUUGAAGGUUGUGUUUCUGAUCUCAGUAAGGCUAAGGACUAUCAUAGACGUCACAAGGUUUGUGAGAUGCAUUCUAAAGCAACUAAUGCCCUUGUUGCCAAUAUUAUGCAGCGAUUUUGCCAGCAGUGUAGUAGGUUUCAUGCUCUACAGGAAUUUGAUGAAGGAAAGCGAAGUUGUAGACGACGUUUGGCUGGCCAUAAUAAGCGUAGGAGGAAAACGCAGCCUGAGGCAGCUGUUCAAGGAAAUUCUUUACAUGAUGAGCAAACUAAUAGUGUUCUAUUGAUGAGCUUACUGAGGAUACUCUCCAACAUGCAUGGUAAUAACAGAUCAAACCAGACUACAGAUCAAGAUCUUGUUGCUCAGCUUUUGAAAAGCCUUGCCAACCCUUCUGGGUUGCCCACGGGGAAAGGCUUAUCUGGGCUCCUGCAUGAGUCCCAAAAGCUGCUAAAUGGUGGUAUGGCCACUGGUAUUGGGAAUUCAGAAAAGAUGUUGGCUUUUCUCUCAAAUGGUCAUCUAAAUCCUCCUAGAGUCAUUGAUCAAAAUAUUCCACUACCUGAAUCAGAGAUUCCGAGAAAGGGAUUGUAUGCAGCUAAUAGCAGGGGCGGCGAAAUGCAGGCUUUGUCCGUGCAAGAACCUAUAAGUUUGUUCCCAAUAAAAGAUAGCCCUCCAACUUACUCUGAGAGCAUAGAAGGGAGGAUGAAGCUGAACAAUUUUGACCUGAAUGAUGCAUAUGUAGAUUCAGAUGAUGGCAUGGAAGAUUUGGAAAGGUCUCCUGCAAAUGUGACUUUUGCAACUGGCUCUGUUGAUUUCCCUUCAUGGGCAGGGCAGGAUUCUCACCAGUCGAGUCCACCACAGACUAGUGGCAAUUCUGACUCUGCUUCCGCUCCAUCACCUUCUAGUUCUAGUGGAGAGGGUCAGAGUCGCACUGACCGUAUUGUUUUCAAGCUAUUUGGUAAAGAACCAAGUGACUUCCCGACUGUGUUGCUGGGGCAGAUUCUUGACUGGCUUGCUCAUAGUCCUACUGAAAUUGAGAGCUACAUCAGACCUGGCUGUAUAAUUCUUACAAUUUAUCUUUGCCUGGAUGAGUCCUUGUGGGAGGAGCUCUGCUCUGAUCUUUCAUCCUGCUUAACUAGACUCUUUGACAUAUCUGAUGACAUAUUUUGGAGGACUGGAUGGGUGUAUGUGCAAGUACAGAAUCAAAUAGCUCUUGCUCAUAAUGGUCAGGUUGUCCUGGAUACAUCAUUGUCUCUCCAAAAUAGUAAUUGCAGUAGAAUUAUGAGUGUCAUGCCUAUAGCCGUGUCUAUGGAUGAACAAGCUCGAUUCGAAGUUAGAGGUUUCAACCUCUCUCGGUCGAAUACGAGGUUACUCUGUGCUCUAGAAGGGAAAUAUCUUGAUCAAGAAGCAACUCAAGAAUCAACGGAGGAUGAUGCUUUUGUUGAGGAGGAGGGUGAAAUUGAGCAUGCAGAUUUGUCUUGCAUUAUCCCCAAUGUAACUGGUAGAGGGUUUAUUGAGGUUGAAGAUCAUGGUCUCAGCAACAGUUUCUUUCCUUUUAUAGUUGCUGAAAAGGACAUUUGCUCUGAGAUUCGAACACUAGAGAGUGUCCUGAAGAAAAAUAAUGAAGAUGCAUAUGGAUUAAAUAAUAAAACCUUAGAAUCUUGGCAUCAAGCUAUGGAUUUCAUAAAUGAGAUGGGUUGGCUGCUUCAUAGAAGUCACUUGAAAUCUAGAUUGGGUGAUCAAGAUCCUAACACAAUCAUAUUUUCUUUUAGACGGUUUAAAUGGCUCAUGGAUUUCUCCAUGGACCAUGAUUGGUGUGCUGUUGUUAAGAAACUCUUGGACAUUGUGGUUGCUGGAACUACUGUUGGAUUAGGGGAACAUCCUUCCCUGAAAGUUGCAGUUUCAGAAAUGGGUCUCCUUCACAGAGCUGUUCGUAGAAAUUCUAGGCCUAUGGUGGAGCUUCUUUUGAGAUAUGUCCCCGUGAAUGUGAAUGUGAAUUUAUCAGAAGAAUUCAUACCAUCCAAUGAUGAUGAUGAUGGCAAAGAAAGGUUUUUGUUUCGACCUGAUGCACAAGGACCUGCUGGUUUGACACCACUUCAUGUUGCAGCUGGAACAGAUGGCUCUGAAAAUAUAUUGGACGCUCUAACUAAUGAUCCUGGAAAGAAUGGAAUUGAAGCGUGGAAGAAUGCUCGGGAUAGCACAGGGGCAACACCCGAGGAUUAUGCUCGUCUACGUGGCCACUAUUCUUACAUACACCUAAUCCAAAGGAAGAUUUACCGGAGUUCAGCUUCAGCUUCAGGGCACGUGGUGGUUGAUAUCCCAGGUGUUGCCUCGGGAGCUGUGAGCAGCUUUGAGGUUGGAAGAACCGCGCCGUUCAAUUUGAAUCAGAAUCAGAAUUGCAAGGUAUGUGAUCAGAAGAAGAUGUCUGUAUAUUAUGCAAGAAAUAGAACAACAAGGACAUCUUUAGUGUAUAGGCCUGCAAUGCUAUCCAUGGUUGGUAUCGCUGCAGUUUGCGUGUGUGUUGCUCUUCUCUUCAAGAGCAUGCCUAAUGUUGUCUGUCUCUUCCAACCCUUCCGUUGGGAAAUGCUCAAUUACGGUUCCAGCUGAUAGAUAUUCCCAUUCGAUAUAGGAGUAUCGCACUUGUAUUUUGUACUUGUAUUUGAAUUUGUAUUUUUAUUUGUAUUUGGUGUAUUGUAUCAUGUUGUAGUAUGUAUUAUUAUGUUUCUAAAAAGAAGCAGAGAAUUAUCUAGUACUAGAAAUUCAGUGCUAGAGAACAGAGAAGCAGAUACUGGGUAGUAAUAAUGACUGAGUAAUGACUAUGUAGUCAGAGAUGUAACUAUGAUUUUGUUUCUGUAAGUACUCUUUAUCGUUUUUGGUUGAGACUGCUGCUUGCGUUGCGGCCUCCCAAUUUCGAUUUUUCUGAA